AUGGAAUCCCACCAGGAUAGCAACACAUACGGGCGCCAUCGGCAGGCCGCCGACGAAGAUCGCCCAGAUUCAGUACGGGGACCUGACUAUCACCUCUACCACUCCGUACCGCGCAUCUUCGACCGCACAAGGCAAGCACAGUCUACCUUCUGUAUCGGCGCCAACUCCGGUAUUGAGACAGGACAUACAGCGGGGGCGGAUAAGUUCAUCGUCGAUGCGAUCGUUAUCAACGAUGCCCAUGGACGACAAGAUCCUACGGAUACGGAAAACAAGGCUCAUGAAGACAUCGCAGCCAUCCUCAGCAGAUUUAUACAGCAAGCGGCUGUCAGGGACUGCAACGCCAGUCACAAGGGGUGA